CGACCUCCUUCUUUCUUUCUUUCUGCGCUGACUUCUCUCGCCCCCUCUCCUCUCCUCUCCUCUCCUUGCACACACAUUUCUAGAAACAGUCAACAAACCCUAAUCUCUCAAGCCACUCUCUGUGGAGGGAGGAGAGCUAACGUUUCCACUUCUCUUUACUCCAUCAGCUACUGCAACAUAACCGCACUCUAAUUUUAUCUCUUGAUGCUUACUCUUUUUUCUUUGGUCUGUUUGUUUGCUUAAAGUUUGCCGUUUGUGUUGGACUUGGGCUUGAGCUUAUUUAUAUUCCACUCUAUUGGGUCUCUGUUGAUAAGUUAAAUCUUAGGAAAAAGCUAUUCAAUGGGAGGCGUGAAUUCUAAAUUCGAAGAAGAUAAAGCCUUACAACUUUGUGAUGAACGGAAGAAGAUUGUUAGUGAAGCAGUUGAUGGCAGAUGCUUAUUAGCAGCCAAUCACACUGCUUAUUUAGAGGCGUUGAAAACCACAGGAAUCAAUUUUAGAAAGUUUGUUGAACUGGAUACUACAUUUGAAACAUCUCCCGUCCCUUUAGAAACCCCGAGAGGUGCUGAGUCAGAUGAUGAAUUUAAUUUGACUAGUUUGCCUCCGCUGAGGCAUCUAUCCUCGAGAAUUGUUAACGGGGUGAAACAGGCAGCAAGAGAAAGCACUGUUGAAACUAUGGUUGGCCAGAAAGACCUCUUUUCCAGCAUAAAAGAUAUUGAGUGCCUCUUCAUUCAAGCUGCAGACUCAGGAAGAGAAGUUCCUCAGAUGCUGGAAGCAAAUGAAUUCCAUUUCCACCCAAUUCUAUCCCCUGGAGAUGAACCUUCUCAAACUUCUGUUAAGUAUCUGACAUGGCAUGGGACCAUGUCAUCGCCUUCUUCUUCACUGAGGGUCCCACAUGAUGUGAACUCUACGUAUAUAGAAAAUUCCUGCAAUCAAGAUGUUGAUAACUUUUGUAUGAAACCGGGUAGCCAUGCAUUGACCUUAGAUCGGCUGUUUGCUUGGGAAAAGAAACUCUAUGAUGAAGUUCAGGGAUGUGCAAUGGUGAGACGUCUAUAUGAUGAAAGGUGUAAGGUGCUCAGAGAGCUAGAGUCAAGGGGAGAAAGUUCUGGAAGGAUUGAUAACGUGCGAGCUGUGGUGAAGGAUCUGCACUCUAGCCUUGGGGUUGCCAUUGCCAGAAUAAACUCCGUCUCCAGGACAAUUGAGAACUUGAGAGACAAUGAACUUCAACCUCAGCUUGAGGGGCUGAUCCAAGGAUUAAGAAGCAUGUGGGAAAUAAUGCUGGAGUCCCACAGGCUUCAGCACGAAAUCAUUUCAUCAGCCUCAAAUUCCCCUGGAAACAUGAAGAUCUCGUAUAUAAAGUCCUCAGAUUCACGCCGGGAAAUCAUAAUCCACCUUGAAAAUGAGCUAGCAUCUCUAUCUUCAAGCUUCACCAACUGGAUAAGCGCUCAGAAAGUAUAUGUGGAAUCCAUUAACACAUGGCUCACAAAGUGCGUGCUUCUCGAAGAGAAAUCUUCAUGGAGACGAAGAAGAAGCGCACCACCACUCAGAAAAUACGGGCCACCCGUUUAUGUGAUAUGUGGUGUUUGGUUGGAGAUGUUCGAGUCCUUGCCUACUAAAGACGUGGUUGAUGCCAUGGGAACUUUAGCCUCUGAAGUGACCCGAGAAAACCAUAGCAUUGCUGUGUCUUUUGAUCGUUUCAAUACGGGCUUGGCUGUUUUACUAGGGCAGUUAAGUAAAUUUGCAGAUUCUUCUUUGAAAAUGUUCACACAUCUUCUGGAAGUUACACAAGAUGCUAAAAGCAGCUAUGCAGGAUCAAAGUCGUGACAAUAUAUUGAGCUCUGGGAUGGAGCUCAAUUUAUAUGGUGUUGUAGACAUAGUACAACUCACAAUAGAUAUUACGAGGAAGAGACUUUAGGUCCCGUUUGGUAGGUACUCUAAAUAUAUCAUUUGAUUUAUAAGUAUAGAAGAAUGUAUCAUCUGAUUUAUUUGACAGAAAUGAAAUUUACCAUGACUUUAUUUAUUUAUUUAUUUAUUUA